ACAACCAUUUGAAUCCUACUACUAAAUUUAGUUGGCGGUAUUUAUGAAGAUGGUGUUACUCAGGAGUUUAUAUUUUCCUGUUUGGUGUCAUACCGGCUCAGUUCAACACCUUCAAAAAACUUCGGCAUCUUCCGUAGGCGUAUUCAAUUCAGGCGAUUACAUGCGUGAAGGGUCAGAAAUUCAAGAACAGGAUGUGUUGUACAAAAAGCUAGUUAUCACCGUUAAGGGUCAUGAGCCAAUGGUGCUAAAAAGUUACGAAACUUUUGUCAAACAAGUUUGUGAUAAUCUCUCUAUAGCUCUUAUAAGUGAGACUCGUAACCGACCGACGUUUUUUCGCUUGUCCAUGAACAAAUCGCCGUUUAUUUACAAGAAACAGCAACGCCAGUAUGAGUUUCGCACACACUACAAAUACUUCACAGUUGAUCACAUAACAGGAUGUACUGCUGACGUAUUUCUGGAAUAUAUCCAAAGAAAUCUACCCGAGGGUGUAGCUAUGGAAGUUGUAAAGCAUCGUUUGGAACGCCUUCCCGAGCAUUUAUAAGCCGCUGACAAUCCUCAAAUGUAUUUGAAUUAUAGAAUAUAUGUAAAUACUUUGCACA